UUUAAGCGUAUAAAAUAUGUCGCACGAUGAAAAUAAUUUAAGACAUUAUAGUGAUAAUAGGCAUCAGCAAAAAAAUAAAUUCGAAGAUGUUUCAUACACAUCAGCAACACAACUUCCCUACGAAGAAGAUUGUUCCUCGGAAUCGGUUGAAGACUUACGACGUCGUUUAAAUUCAAUGAAACAAUUGAUGAACGAACGCAACAAUUCAGCCGCUCAUAUAUUGAAUGGUGACUCGCAGUCUUCACGUAAUGGUAGUGUAAUUGAUGAUAAAUUUUUAAGUGUUAUAUUUAUGUUUGUUUUAUGUAUUAUAAUAACAGUUAGUUCUUAUGCAUUUUAUAAUUUAUAUACAGCAAUUGUUAAAAAGUUUACGCCUAGACACGAUGAACUGUAAGUAGUUUAUUCUAAAGGUAAAUGUGACAAAAAUUACUACCUCGUUUAUUUCACACUGCUGAAUUGGAAACAUGAUUCCAUAAGUUGUAGAUAGUUGAAAUUGAAAUAAUGUCUUACCUUUUAUAUUAAUG